AUGUGCACCAAUGCGAACUCUUUUAUUGGGCUUGUUUCUGAGGUUGUUGGCGUUAAUGGUUUUACGUUGCCAGGAUUCUUACUUUUGUUAUGUUAUUUAAGUGUUUGUGGAUGUGAUUACUUUCAGUCUGCAUCGUCUCUGUUCACUUUGCCAGGUUCACAUUAUAUUAUUUCAAAAGGAUCUGUUAAGGAGGCAAAUGCAAGGUACAACAAACUAAGCAACCAUCUAGAAAUCACGUUGUCUGAUACAUCCAUACUAAAACACUGCACCAACGAAGAACAACCAGAUCAACAAAUUCCUCCUUUCACGCCCAUUAGUGAAUUGUUUCAUCUAACAAAUAACACGCUGGUUGACAUAAUUGGUCUUGUUCUAUAUGUUGGAGUUAUCAUUCCUAUACACAGGAAAGAUGGCAGUCAAACACAAAAACGUGUGGUGAAAAUUAAUGAUCUAUCUAGUUCAACAAUUGACAUCAACUUAUGGGGUCCAAUGGCAGAACAAAAGGGCCUGGAAUUGAAAAAUAUGUUGACCAAUGAUAGUAUGCUUAUCCUUGCUUUACGUAAUGCUCGUGUUGGCUAUUUCAAUGGGAAGCUUAUAAACAUAACAGCUGCAACAACAUUACAUAUCAACCCAAGUUUUCCAGAAGCAGAGCUUCUAACAUUAAGAGGAAAGGACCCUUUGCUUGUUGUACCCUUGGUUGCACAAACUAUCCACAUAGAUGGCAGAUAUACUAGAAUGACAAUUUCUUCAAUCCGUGAGCAGAUGAGCAUCAGACCAGAAACAAUUCAGACAACAUUGCUAGCUGUUCUGCGCUUUGUGAACGUCAAUGACCAAAAUUUCUAUAACGCAGCUUGCCCACUAAUAGUCAAUGGAAGGCCUUGCAAGAAAAAGUGUACACAGCAUGCUAAUGACUCUUGGUUCUGCUCUAGAUGUCAAAUGACUAUGCAAGACUACAAUUAUAGUUACCUCUUGCCUCUAAAGUUGCAAGAUGCCACAGGUACCCUAUGGGCCACUGCAUUUGAUGAGGGUGGCAUUCACUUGCUACACACAACUACAAAACAAAUCUAUGCACUCCAAAACAAUGCAACAACAACAGAGACACCUUCCUCAGUGAUCAAGAGACUAUUGUCAUGUUACUAUUCAUUCACAAUGUUGGUUUCUACUGAGACAUAUAAUUCAGAAAUGAAGAUGAAAGUGACAGUCAACAAAGUUGCUCCUGUUAACUUCAAAGCUGAGUGCCAUGCAUUACUUGCAAAAAUUGCCUGCCUAAGUACAAAGACUUAA